GGCGCUCAGCGACAGGCAACAACGCUUUAAAUAAACCAUGUGCUUGCGGAGAGGCAUGAGCGAGCGCGAGAGAAACGACUCACAUCUCUCUGCCGUUGAUUCUGCUUGUUUUUUGGUUUUUUGGAAACACUUCGUUGAUUCUGCUUUUGGUAAGCCGUAGAGCCGUUGAGCUGCUUGUUUGAGGGAGGAUGAGUAUGGAGGCGGCAACGGUUGCGCCGAGAUUGCAAAUUUCCACAUGGAUGGUGGAUUCGGACAAGGUUGCGAGGAGGCGGCCGAAGAGCACGUCGGCCGCCUUCUCUCGGAGAUUAAGGGACCAAAACACGACCCAGGUGCUUGUUGCAGCUGCAGCCGCUCACCUACCAACCUCACAAGUCUCUAAUCGAAAACGACAGGUCGCUUUGGAGGUUUCGUGCUCUUACAACAACUUUCCAACUUCAACAGUGGAAUCUGGAAACUUUCAUACUUCUGAUGAAUCACUGGUUUUGAAGAAUAAGGCACUAGCAAUCGAGCCAUAUUUGAAUCGACGUUGUAUAUAUCUAGUUGGUAUGAUGGGAUCUGGGAAAACAACCGUUGGCAAGAUUAUGGCGCAAGCACUUAGUUAUUCAUUCAUUGAUAGUGAUUCGUUGGUGGAGCAUGAUGUUGGUGGAACUUCUGUCGCUGAAAUUUUCAAACUCUAUGGAGAGGACUUUUUCAGAGAUAAGGAGACUGAGGCGCUACGUAAACUAUCUUUGAUGCAUCGUCUAGUUGUUUCUACGGGUGGAGGUGCAGUUGUACGCCCUGUCAACUGGAAGUGUAUGAAGAAGGGGAUUAGUGUCUGGUUAGAUGUUCCCUUGGAAGCAUUGGCUCAGAGAAUUGCAGCUGUGGGAACUGGCUCUCGCCCCCUUUUGCAUCACGGGUCAGGGGAUGCAUACAGAAAAACUUAUAUGCGUUUGACUAGUCUUUUUGAAGAGAGAGGUGAUUCAUAUGCCAACGCCAAUGCUAGGGUUUCCUUGGAAAAUAUUGCAGGCCAAAUUGGGCUGUAGAGAUGUAUCCAAUCUCACACCUACUGCCAUUGUGAUUGAGGCGCUUGAACAAAUUGAAGGCUAUCUGAGGAAGAACAUAGACAUGCACAUAUUACGUUCUAAGACGGAAAAAACUUCCGUGUUGGAUUCUGGUUAUGGUAAAUUUAUUAAUUUAGUUUGCAAAUGUGCUAGGUUUAGGUUUCUAUUUUUUGAGUAACGAAACAUGGUGUGGUUUUAUACGUCCAUUGUGUUAAUUGUGGUUUGUCAUGCAAACGCUAGGAGAAAUCAAGUAUUAUAAGAUUUUGAAUGUAAUGUAAUGUUGAGUACGCUGUAGCUGUUUAUAUACCUUGUAGCUGUAUAACCUCUGUACGAUAUUUCCGUAAAUCUCGGGAACAAGGUUUCUCCUCGAGCAAUAAAGUUGUUAAAUUUUUUUUGCA